AUGGCACACAAGGUCGUGGUGUAUUCCAAGACCACCUGCCCCUACUGCACUCGGGUCAAGGGGCUGCUGGGUGACCUCAAGGUGGACGCCAAGGUUAUCGAGCUCAACACUCUGGACGACGGCCCCGAGUACCAGGACUCCCUGCUGGAGGUUGUGGGCCGCAGGACCGUGCCGCAGGUCUUCAUCGGCGGCAGCCACGUCGGCGGCUGCGACGACACCGUGGCUGCCUACAACUCCGGCAAGCUCAAGGAGCUGCUGGCAGGCGUCGGCUACAGCAUCUAG